CAGAAGCAGAGUGCUAAGAGCAAGCAAGCAGCAAACGUAGCCUGCGAAGCAAACUCUCACCCAAGCAGGCAGCCAUGAACUGCGGCGGAAGCAGGGGUCCGGCGGCAACAGUGCGGUGCAGGGAAUGCCACACGAACCUCACCGCGGCGCCCGGCGCGCGUGCCGUGCACUGCAUGCAAUGCAACUGCGGUACGCGCGUCCCCGGGUCUGGCUCUGGCCGGCAGGUGGUGGUGGUGCCCCACCCGCGCCCUAACCCGGGCUUCGGCGUCUGCCGCAGCAAGAAGCGCGCCGUGCUGAUCGGCAUCAAGUACACCAGCAGGCGCGCCGGCGAGCUGAGGGGCCCCAUCAACGACGUCAAGUGCAUGAAGCACCUGCUCACCACGCGCUUCGGCUUCCCCUGCGAAGGCAUCAUCGUCCUCACUGAUGAGGAGACGAACAAGUGCAGGCUGCCCACCAAGGAGAACAUCCGUAUGGCGAUGCACUGGCUGGUUCAGGGUUGCAGCAACGGAGACUCGCUGGUGUUCCAGUUCUCCGGCAUCGGCACGCAGGUCCCCGACGAGGACGGCGACGAGCGUGACUGCAUGGACGAGGCCAUCUGCCCAAUGGACUCCUUCCACCAGGGCCCCAUCCUGGACGACGAGAUCAACGCGGCCAUCGUCCGCCCGCUGGUGCACGGCGCCAAGCUCCACGCCCUCGUCGACGCCCACCACAGCGCCACCGUCCUCGACCUUCCAUACCAAUGCGUUACGUCCAAGACUACCGGGUGCCUGAACUGGGUGAAGCAGCCCACUCCGAACGGCGCCUGCAAAGGCACCAGCGGGGGCAGAGCCGUGCUCAUCAGUGGCAGCAGCGGCGGCAAGAAGAUGCCUGCUAACACGCUGUCUGAGCCCUGCGCUACAAUGGGCGCCCUGACGCACAGCUUCAUCAAGGCACUGGAGUGCGAGCCGCACGCCAGCUACGGCCGCCUGCUCACCUCCAUGAGGACCAUCAUGCGCCAGGGCGGGCCUUGCAGCCUGCCAGGCCCCGUCGGCAGCUCCGUCCGCAAGGUCACCAACUUCAGCGGCGUGGAGGCGCCUUGUAUGUCUUCUUCUGAGAAUUUCGGCAUCGACUGCGAGAAGCUCUGCAUCUAGAACCAUGCAUGAUUCUCGUCGUCGAUUAAGGCUACUGCAAUCGAACGAUUACUACCCAAUCAUCAUCGACCGUGUCGAAAUACUCUAUCGAUCACUGGCCGUGAUGCUUGCUACUACUGCUAGUACGUGUGAUGUAUCACCUGCCAUGCCAUCAAGAACGAGCAGAUAGCUCACAUAAGGCUCUAGAGAACCUGGCACGUUCUCUAUGACUACUCUACCGUACCUCACUGUAAUAAGGUCGUUGCGUGUCAUCACAUCGCCUUUAAUAAAUUGACUCCUAUAUGUUAUCGUCCUAA